GGAAUAAUUUUUAGGUAAUUUAUUUUAUUCAGUGAUUCAGUAAUAUUUGUGAAACUGUAUUGUGUGCCAGCCACAGAGUAUAUACCAGUGAACAAAAGAGGGAAAAGUCCCUGUACUCAUAGGGAUUUAUUUUGUAGGGAUACAUGGCAAACGAAAUAAGCAGGUAAAUGUAUGAUAUAUCAAAUGGUGAUAACUGCAAUGAAAGAAACAAAGUAGGGGGUAGUAGGGAGGAUAGAGAUUGUAUGUGGAAGUGAAACAUUUAAAUUCAGAGAAGACAUCACUGAGAAGGUGAUAUUGCCAAGCUAACAAAUGGUUCUAAAACCUGAAGUAGAAGGAUAUUCCAAUUCAUAAGAUUAAGAAUUUUUAAAUGCUUCAGUGAAUAAAACUCAUAAAUUCAGGUGCUCUGAAAUGAUCUAUGGGUAGAAUUGGUGAUAGUUUGAGAUGAAACUUCUUCAGGAAAGUCAUAUUAAAGGGCAGUCUGUGGUUUUUCAGUUAUAUCAUCUUCCCUUCUGAAUCUACUAGUAUGAAUUUGGAUUUACAGUUUGAUAAUGGGGAAGUAAGUUUUAAUUUUAACCUUGAAUGCAUAUAAAAAAUAUAGUAAAGAGGUGUUAUUUUUAACCCAAGCAGGCAGUUGCUGAUAGAUCUAUGACUGUCAGAUGAUGAAGCCUAUUCAAGGGAAAAUAGACGAAUAACAGAAUGGUAAAUAACGCUGAUCAUCUCUGGAAAGGUUAUUGAUUCGCCUCAUGUAAAGUAUGCUCAGUUCCUUUCCAGUGCUUUUGCUGGAAACCAUGUCUCACUAUACAGAUGAACCCAGAUUUACCAUAGAGCAGAUAGAUCUGCUUCAGCGCCUUCGGCGUACUGGAAUGACUAAACAUGAAGUUCUCCAUGCCUUGGAAACUUUGGAACGUCUCGAUCAAGAGCAUAGUGACAAGUUUGGAAGAAGGUCCAGCUAUGGAGGAAGUUCAUAUGGGAAUAGUACCAACAAUGUUCCAGCAUCUUCCUCCACAGCUACAGCGUCCACACAGACGCAGCAUUUGGGAAUGUCCCCAUCACCCAGCAACAGUUAUGAUACCUCCCCACAGCCUUGCACUACCAAUCAGAACGGGAGGGAGAAUAACGAGCGAUUGUCCACCUCCAAUGGAAAGAUGUCACCAACUCGCUAUCAUGCAAACAGCAUGGGUCAGAGGUCAUACAGUUUUGAAGCCUCAGAAGAGGACCUAGAUGUAGAUGAUAAAGUGGAGGAAUUAAUGAGGAGGGACAGCAGUGUGAUAAAAGAGGAAAUCAAAGCCUUUCUUGCCAAUCGGAGGAUUUCCCAAGCAGUUGUUGCACAGGUAACAGGUAUCAGUCAGAGCCGGAUCUCUCAUUGGCUGUUGCAGCAGGGAUCAGACCUGAGUGAACAGAAGAAGAGGGCAUUUUAUCGAUGGUAUCAACUUGAGAAGACAAGCCCUGGGGCUACGCUAAGUAUGAGACCUGCUCCUAUUCCUAUAGAGGACCCAGAAUGGAGACAAACACCUCCCCCAGUCUCUGCCACAUCUGGCACCUUCCGACUAAGACGGGGUAGUCGAUUUACCUGGAGAAAGGAAUGCCUGGCUGUCAUGGAAAGUUACUUCAAUGAGAAUCAAUACCCAGAUGAAGCAAAGAGAGAAGAAAUUGCAAAUGCUUGCAAUGCGGUUAUACAGAAGCCAGGCAAAAAGCUGUCAGAUCUGGAACGAGUUACCUCCCUGAAAGUAUAUAAUUGGUUUGCUAACAGACGGAAGGAGAUCAAGAGGAGAGCCAACAUCGAAGCAGCAAUCCUGGAGAGUCAUGGGAUAGAUGUACAGAGUCCAGGAGGCCAUUCCAACAGUGAUGACGUCGAUGGAAAUGACUACUCAGAGCAGGAUACUUGGCAAGUACGCAAUGGGGAGGAGGAGGAGGGAAGAAGUUCAGAGGGAGGCAGAGAAGCAGAGAAGGAUGACAGCACUAGUCAUAGUGACCACCAAGACCCCAUCUCAUUAGCUGUGGAAAUGGCAGCAGUCAACCACACUAUCUUGGCAUUGGCCCGUCAAGGGGCCAACGAAAUCAAGACAGAGGCCCUGGAUGACGACUGAUCAGGAAGGGUUAAACAUAAGACAUUAACUUAGUUUUAGAUGUAGCACCUUAGCAGACUUUCCUCGGUCCUUAACAUGUGUUCUUACAGUAUAACUUUGCAGUUUCUUGUAUGUCAGUUAGCCUUUAGGGUCUUGUUCUGUGAAGAUGGCAUGGUGCCCUCAGCCUUUGCAUAUACUCUCUCAGUAUUAAUUCCCAGUAAAUAAUAACCAACCAACCAACCAGACUUCUCUCUCCCAGCCUCUGAGGCUAGAAAAUCUUGCUGCUCCGUCUUAGCAUUCCAAGAAAGUGCUUCCAGGUAUUUAGAUAGCCCUCAGUUCUCAAAUAUUAGGCUAUGUGUAAAAUCUUGGGUACCUUUAGAUUCAUGUAACACUAGUCUGUACACCUUUUUCCUUCCCCAAGACUGAUAGGAUGCAAGCUGAGGUCGUGUGGCACAGGAUGGACAGACACCACUUGGGGAGUAUCCACAGGGUGAAAGGAACACUAGAAUCCCCACCUCAGCAUGAGAAUAAUUGAUUUCCAGCUGCAAUAAGCCGUGCCUCAUUAUAGUCACACUGUGGCUAGAUUAUACUUCUUUGGGUGCUGUGCUAAGAAUGUCAAUGGAAAAACUUGAUCUCAGAUUUUGGUUGAUGUUAACAUGCCUAACACAGACAUCCUUUCCUGUCACAAGCUGUGUGACUUAGUAGAUAAAAUACUGCCUUCUGCCUUUGGGACCAUGAUUUAAAAAAAAAAAAGGACAAAAAACCAGACCCAGCUUGAGAGCAUUGGAAAAAGUAUGAGCUGAAUGUCUAUGGAUGCUAAAGUCCAGUUCUCAGAACCACUAUACAUUAUGUGGCACAAUUACCAGUGCCUGCCUGGAAAUGUCCCAGGGUCAUCACAGAAGUUACUUUGCCUCCUGUCUGUGUUCCCUUUCCCUGCUACCAAAAAAAGUCGUUCAGGAAUGGAACUAAGGUCAAACAUGAGUGAAUGAACUUACUGUCUUUGUGUCUAUUAACUGAGGCCCCUCAAUAUGAGAGGUUGAGGAGGACUUUAUAGUGGGAUUAUGCUGACUGACUAUCACAAGUGCAAAUACUUGGCUAAAUAGGAGCUGAAAAAAAGCAGGGGACGUUUACCGCUUACAUUGUGGUGGUGUGAGAACACAACAGGAUGUGGCUGCUUUGAUGUUCUCUUUACUCUGUCCUUGUAGAGGUGUGAAAAGCUAUAUUGCUACAGGCAAUUUAUUUAAUAAUUGGAAGCCAUAUUGAUAAUGGAUGUGGUAAUAUUUGUAAAGUUUAAUCUACUUUAAGCGGCAGUAACUAAUGGAAUUUUUUUCCUUGAUCACAUAUGUAGCACUUUUGUUACUUUUUAAAGAUAUUUAUAUUUGAUAAAUCCUUUUUUCAUUUUGAGAACUCAAAAUACCAAACAGUGAACUUGUGUUAUAAAGUCACCCUGUGAUCACCUUGUCAUCUAGUAGCAAAAUGAUGAACUAUUCAUGCAUCAAAGAAAAUUACAUCUGCUGGCCUUGUAUGAAAAUGAUCUCUUGGUGUCCCGAUUAAAUGACACACUGUCACUGCAGGUAAGAGAAAACAGCAUUCAAUGUAGCAGCAUAGGGUGCAUUUGCAAGAGACAUGAGUGCUGUAUAUUUUCUGCCUCAUUCCAUUUCUCCUUUCUUCAAAUAAUGAAGCCUUGGUUAAAGGGGAAUAUGGCGCUGGCUAAUAACCAGGGCUUCUAUCGUUAUGUCUAUUAUCUGAAAACAAUUUCUAAGAUAGAAGUAAGGUGCCAUUUCCUCACCUCUUCACCCUUCCUCCCCCACCAAAUGUAUUCACCUUAAAACCAUUGAGAGAGAGAGAGGCUUACCUUCCUUGUUAUUCCCCUUCUCAUUACUGAGAUACUAUAUAUCUGCCAGUUUUUAGCUGGUCUAACUCCACUUAAGGCACACACUGACUAGACCAUCUCCCUCUCUGUUUAUUUUGCUUACAUAAGUGUGAGGAAAAGUCUUUGAGAGGACUUGAAAGUGCUUCAGAGACCUGUGUGCAUGCCUGGUCCUGCUCCUGUCCAUGGAUUUCAGGGGGAAAAUGUAUGUGCUUUUUCCACCUUCCAAGAAGUGAAGUAAAGCUGAGCGGUCUUUCCUGUUUUACUGUAUUACUUGAACCAGCCAAUUCAAGAGUAGCAUUUGUUAAUCUCAGGAAUGAUCCCCUCUUUCAUAUUCUUUCUUGGUUUGUUUGACUUUUCAUUUCAAUUAGGACAUUGUGUUAUCUUUCUUUCCUUUUAUUAGAAGAAAUAUAACAUACUGUAUCUUUUCAUUUUGAUGGAAUUUUGUCUGCUUAUUCUCAGUUGAAUCAGAAAGAAAAUGAGAGAGAGAAAAAAAUACACUCUUUGACAAGCCACAUCCAUGAUUUAUUGUAAGGAGAUUAUUAUAAUUGAUAGCUUCUUUAUGAUAGGAUUGCUACUGUUCAUUUGUUCUUGCUGGUCUUUUUAAAGGAACAUACUCAAACUGUUAAGACAGCUGCAGUUUCUAAAGAAAUACAGCGAUUGCCACAAAAAAGCUAAAAGGUUUCAUUAUUUUAAGACCUCUAAAGAAAGAAAAAAAGCUUUGGAGGAUUAGUAUCCAUGAAGGCAGUACCAGGCCCUAUCUGGCAAUGUGGUAAAAAUGAAAGAAUAUUCCUACCAGUAUAGGAUAGUAUCCUAUUCAGUUCAAUAGAAAUAGAAGGAAGGAAGAUUUUACCGACAAUUCUCUAAUUAGAGAAGACUGCUAGCCUGCUAUAAAGACCUACUGCCUUACAUAUAACUUUUGUUUUUUCACCAAGACUAAGGGUUUGCUUCUUUUGGACCUAGAUUUAAAUCUUCCGUUGGUUUUCUGUUUGUCCUCAGGUUCAGUUCUGCUAUCUUGUCCAGGCCACUUUCAUUCUCCUAACGGCACAUGGAGUUGCUGCUGUUUAAUUUGUAGUAUCUUUGGAUAAUAGAUUUUUUUUUUCUUAAACUUUUUCAGGUUAUAGAGGUGGUAUUAAAUUAGAAACCCUAAGCUGCUCUAUUAGUGAAAGAAAAGUAACCAAGCUCUUAAGAAUUUCUGUUUUAUGCCCUUUGGUGGUUCUGUUCCUGUUCUUUCACUGCAUUUGUCCUUCUUCAGGCCCCAAAGGACUCUCUCAGGGGCUGCUCCUUCCUGUUUGAGGAAGACUUUAUUAAAAUGUGUGGGGUGGGGAGAAUCUUAACAACCGUUAUUCAUGUAAUUUAUCUGUUGUAAUUAUUUUCUCUCUUGCUAGUUUUUAAAGACACUUUAACUGAAUUACUGAGGUCAGAUGGGUGAAUUUCCUACCUUUUUUACAACACAACCUUACAUAGGGACCUUUUAAAGAUGGACCAUCCUAUUUCAAUGUCUGCCUGUCUGUUGAUAGCCCUAACAUCAGAUGAAGGCCCAGGGAGGACAAUACAGUGCACUCGUAUCUGAGACCUUCUAGGGCCAUUCAGUACCAAAUAGACAUCUUGGUUUACUUCAGGAAAGCUUAUAAUGUUGGAGUGCCCCUCAGGGCAAUUUCCUUCUUCACAAUCUUGAACCGUUAAGUGGUUGGUAAAUGUUACCUCCCACAUACAUUCCUAUGACCCUUCACAGGAAGAAGGAACCUGGGGCAGAAAGGCUUCAAGCCCCCUCUAGGAUACCUUUCACCCCAGCCCAAUAGGGAUGACCACCUAAAGAGACGUGAGGAAGAAGUGCAAUAACACUGUCCACUGAUAAACAACACCCAUUUUGGGUCCAGACAUCCAGAUGUAUUUUUACCUCAAAGGAAAAAAACUCAUGAAAAACUAAUACAGGUGUUUCAGUUCUCCCUAUUUGGCCUUUGUCUUUAGGAAACGUUGGUUUUCAAAACUUUUCCCUUAAAUUCCAACCAUUAGACACCAAGUAUAAAACAGACUUUCAUUCAAUCAGGAAUCUCCAAUCCCAUUCUCUCAGUCUGAACAACUCCUCUUCCAUUUUCCUCUGUGCUCCGGCACUAAGUACUGGUUUUGAGCUGACCUGGAAUCUUUUAUCUUUGACAGCUGGCAGAGCCGGUGGGUGUGGUCCAUUUCUUGACACAGACGCUCCUUCCUGCCUUGAAAGCCCAUCCUUUUUGACCAGCAACGUAUUCCACUGACCAGCUACAUUAUCUCUCUUCACAACAGUGGAAAUAGUCCCUUUUUCAUAAGUGACCUCCCACCCCUGUCCUAAAAAUGUGAACUUCAAGUCCUUACUCUCUCUUUACUCUUAAGAAGGGUUUGGUUAGAAGCAGUCUUCCCAUUUAACUCACGGCUCUGCCUUUUUUUAAAUUGCUUUUUGUCAUUUGUUGUUCAGAGAACAACCAGAGUAUUUUUUCUCCAGUGAGUCUCAGCAAAUUCUUAGGCAAUAAUUUUUCUUGUUGUUGAUGAUUGUGUUCUUAGUAGCACUCUACAUUGAGUGGUCCUGACCCUGUACAUUGUGUACUGGUUUUCUGUGUUAAUCUCUGUCUGUGAUUUUCAUCUUAUGUCAGUGGUGAUAGUUUGUGUCCUUUUGUUGUUGUGGUUAUCAGUAAUGUUUUACUACUGUAUUCAUUGGGGCUGUAUUGAGACAAGCCAAAUCCAUUUAUAGCUUUACUGAGCCGGAUUCACUUGUCAAGACUUCCCAAGUGAAAGUUGGACACAUUGACCAGCUCCUGCUGGUGGCAUCUUUAGGGGGCGGGGAGGGAAGAUGCUUUGGGGUAAGGUUGGGAGUUACACAUAUAAAGCAUUCCUUUUUGUGUGCUGUUUAAAUAGCAAGGAUCUUUACUCAGGAUUUGGGGAUCAGUUGUCAGCCAUAUUGAAUUUGGCAAACUGAGCUGCAUGCCCUGAAAGCCCUCUUACUGUUUCUUUCUUUCCAUAUUGUCUGAUUUACACUGCCUAGUAAUAUCUAAGUCACCCAGUUUAAAGGUAUUGCACAAUAAUGAGAAUGGAAGGUUUUCCAGAGGAGGCAACUCUCAGUGGCCAGUUCUCUUUGCUAAGGCAGUUAUUCUCUGAGGAGACCAUGGUCAUACGCUGGUCAGAGUACAGGCCCUUUGUUUUUUCUGUAAUGUAACCUCCUUCAUUAUAUACUGUUUGUUUCAAAAGAUGACUGUCACUUAAGAAGAAAGAUUCCCUUGCUACUCUCAAGAGAAUUACAGUACUAAGGUGGUAGGAAAGGCUUUUUGAAUGCAUCAAGCCAACAAGUCAGUUUUCUGCUUACAGAAACUUCUCUCUCACAAAUAGGCUAUGUUCGGAAAGGCUGUUCUUAAUCCUCUUUAUUUAUUAGCCUCAAAUGAUAUGCUGCUGCUCUUGCUAUCUUAGAGGGCUGAUGGUCGACUCAUUUUUCUGUGAAGUGCAGCUCUGCCCCUGUGUAUGUACGUUCAAGAACUAGAAGUUUCUGUGUUAGCUUUAUUGUUCUUUCUUGGUGGAGAUGAGAAAUAGCAGCAACAAGAAAGCACAUGAUCUGAGAAAUACCGUUUCUUAGAACAUUGUGGUUUUUGUUUGUUUUGUUUUUAUCAAGGGGUGAGGAAAUACAGGAGAGAGUGAGAGAAAACUUGUGUGCACCCAGGUAUCUUACACCAGGUAUCGUCACCCAGCCGUCUCACAGAUGUAGUAGGUGCUUCAGGGUUACUAAUGUUCACAUCCCUUAACUUCUGUCUGACUCUUCAUACUGCAUUGGGGGCCAGGCAAUCAGCGGAACUAAAUAGAAUUCAUUUUAUUCACCUGAAAUCUAACUAGCAUUUUUACACCACUUGACAGUUUACCACCCAUUAUCUUAUCAGCCAGCUCCCUAACAACAAAGGUUACAUCUGUAAGGGGCAGCUUUGCCUUUUCCCUCCCCUGCCAUCCGUUUUACUUGGUAAGUUUUCAGAUCUCUUUGCCCCAUUGUUGCCCUAGUGGUAUUUGGACUCUCUGUGCCCUCCGGUGAGUGUCCAGGCACCCAGGUGCAGGUGGCAUAUGGGCAGCAGUGGGAUGUGUGCUGUCGCUGCUCUGAGGUGACCCCUAUCAGGGGCGUAUGCGCACAUACAGCCCGGCUCUCACUUGGGAUACCAGCUCCUUCGACUCCAUUUUCAUUUUCUCUCUCUUUUAAAUAAAAGUGGCUCUGUACAGCCAUAAUAACUCUCAAAUUCACAUUGGUGUGCUGUGAUCAAAUGAAGGUUUGGCUGAAUCUUUUCAAAUUGUAACCAUGUAAUUUGAGGAGGGUGGCAUAGAAUGAAUAUAUAAAAAUAUAAUGACAAUUGUUCUGAGUGACUGAAUGUCCUCCUGACAUGUUAUUAGCUAUUUUAGCAAGAUGUGUAUUGGCAUGGUCAUAAUUAAAAGAAUUUCUACCCUUUAUGAGAUUGAAAAUGGCAGAUAUCCCAUCCUCUGCUUCCUUUUAGCACUAAUGCUCCCAAGAACAUUUGGAACAGCAACCCAGUAAACUAAAAUAAUGACAUGGUGUUCAUGUUCUCUCAAGUGAAAGAAAAGGAUUUGGAUUUAUUUCAGCUUCAAAAUGGAAGCCUUUGCUUAUUGCUCCCAUGUGACUUCUAAAAGUAUUUGAAACCUCUGUCUCACAUCCACUUUCAACCUGCUCCACCUUUGGGCAGGAACCACAGUCAGAAUGCCAAACCAGCCAACCACAGGCAGGCCUUCCAGGUCACUGUCCCAUUUGCUAACCAGCUAGGGUAUCAUGUUGGCCUGACUUAAGGACUUUCACUGCUUAAUGAGAGCCCUAGGAUUUUCAGAUUUUUCCUUGGUUAUGUGAUACGUCCACUGCCAUCACCGUCAGAAGGUAUUUAUCAAACAGCAGUUUAUACAUGGGUGAAAUAAAGUUUUCCUUAUUGUAUCAUAUGAUCUAGAACAAACAACACAGCAUUAACACAUAUAAAUUUACACCUGCCAGCUUUAAACAGCUAUGUGGCAUAAAUGGAAUACUGGUACUUGCAAUGUCCUAAAUCUUCUGGAGCAAAAGGACACUAGUGAAUUUUCCCCCAGCUUUUCUCACAUCACUAUUGGAUGCAGUCACCAGCAUUCUCAUGUCAGGGCCUUCUUUUGUUAUCCUGAGUUUUCCCUUCUGUUCUGCUGGGUCAGUAGGAUUGUCACUCUAGCGUCCAAAUCCAUGCUGUCUCCCGUCCCACUUUUCCUCCUUCUGACUACCCUGUCCUGUUGGGUGUCAUGUGGUCUUAACUCCCUACACGGCCCCUGACCAUGGUGUCUACUCUUCUCACCCUGAGGCAUCACAUUGGAUGGGAGCUGCUGAGUCUCACUAACUAGCCAUUCUCUAGCAUAUGUAGGUUUCUUGUUGUUUUUUCCAUCACUUGCAGAAGUGUUUAUUCAAUUUUAUGAUCAAGAGUGAGCCUGCAUCAAGAGUGAGCCUGCAAGAACACCAGCACCCAACAUAGUGCCAAAGAUCCCUCCUGAGUGGUUUGUCCCCCGGAGGCUCUCAGUUGUGCUGGGUGAGUCCAGGUCUGGGAGCCCUUCCUUUCUCAGGGCUGGACAUUCCAGGAUUGGUUAGUAGCCACUAAAGAAAAUACAACUCUUGCCUUUUUUCUUUUUGUUCUCUUUCCAUAUUUUGCUGCUUCCCCUGGUACAUGUCCAUACGUAUCUUUCCCCCACUCCGUAUAUCUGAAGGGAUCCUAACCUACCUUAAAUGUCUGGUUACAAAGUAAGUUUUAUAAAAUGCUGAGGUAGGCAGCUUAUUCAUAAUCAUCCUCUUCUCCCCACCCCCAAACCCACACACUUUUAGAGUUUUGGAAAGGUUCUUACACCACAGGAUUCUUUUAUUUUUUUUUUCUCCCCAAAUACCUACAAUAACAAUCGAAUGUAUAGUAGUUGCGCUAGAUCAGGAAAAGGAUCGUGUGAAAGGUUUUUGCUCAGCAUUUCUCUUCCUAUAAGAUCUAAAAGCAACUUUGUUCCCGCACACCUGCAUUCCAGAUCUACAUGCAUCAUCGAGUCUGCUUGCAGUGGGAUCCUAUCAUAGGAUCCAAUCAUGACAAUUGGAAUGAUUAUGGAUUUAUGACCCCAAAAAUUAGAGCAUCCCAUCGUUUAUUUUCCCAGCUGAAAGUUAGCUAAAUAUCUUCAUUAGAAUUUAGAAUGUCUUAAGAUUAGAAAUUCUGAGAUCUGACUAGAUGAAUAUAAUGCUGUGAUUUGUGAGACAUGCAUUAAAACAGCCAGCAGAACAUUCUGAUUAUCUGCUUACAUUCAAAGAAAAUAGAAUUAUCACUGCAGUUAAAACCUUCUAACAUGAUCUCUUAUUUUAGGGAUCAGAGUAUUAGAUGUGCUGCUGAAGGGAUGGUGCUACUCAGAAAGAACUGGAGUUGGGAAGACUUCCUUUCCCAGGUGUCUCCAGAGAUGACUUUGGUGACUCAAAAAAAACUAACAGCCCCCUCUCCUUCCCCUAAUAAGAAAAGAAACCCAGCUCACAAAAAUCAGUGAAAACAGGGACUGUUUACCCAUGAAAUAUGUAUUUUUUUGGAAGAAAACAUCGUAAGUAAAUUAUUCUUAGAAGAAACUGGAUUGGAGUAAAGAUGCUGUCAUUGUAAACCAUAAUACAAAAAGAGACAGAGACCUCCGCGAGCACAUUCGAAGCUCACUGUAACAGCAGGCGCCAUUCGCUGUGCCCGGAGUUGUACUGAGUGCAUUUACAUACACCAUCUCCUUCGUUACUCAAAGAUUCACCAACCCUACACUGAGAAAUACCUCCCUACAAAGUCCCUCACAAAGUAAAAUCUCUAGUCACUUCUUUCAUUGUAGUAGGCUGUUAACCAAAAAAUGGACCACACAAGAAAAGCCAGCCUAUCCCUGCUCUGAAUGAACUCACUGGAUCUGAACCCAUUUCAUUUUCUCCUGUGGCAGCUUUGGAGAAUCCCCACAGUCACACUGUAGCAUUGCCAUCACUAUCUGUGCACUUAAUUCCCUCUAACACUGGACUGGCAUUAUCGUUAUGGUCUAGACACCAUAGCCUAGGCUUCUUUCCUUACCCAAUAAGUAAUCCCAUCUGCUACUGGUUAGCCUUCCUCCUUGGUUGGUACUGGCGACCAAAAUGCAGUUAACACAGUGAGGCUCUGCAGCUGUGAUGGGAAACGUCUUGUUUAAACACCGUGGUGUCAGGGAGGCACUUGUGAAAGUCUUGCCUUUUGACUGGGGAAGAAGCAUAUAUGGCUGUCUUACAGCGUGAGUACUGAGGGGAACUAGAACUCUCUAGUACUCCUUAGGUGUCAUUCUAGUUAGUGAAGGCAAAGGAUGUUAAAAUCACUCACAUUUCCUUCUUUCUCUCUCUUUAGUCAGCUCUUCUAGUGUUUUCUUAGUGCCUGUAACUUUCAGGCACCCUGCUGGAAUUUAGAAGUGUUUUGCUAAGCCAUUGCAGCUCCUUCUGCCAUCCCUGCCAUCACAGCCAUGAUUUGAAGGUGGGGGAGCAGAGGAGUCCGUGGUGCUAGGCCAGUACUUGUGGAAAACCUGAGGCUUGUAUUUUGGUGCUGAAUGAGUGCCUGCCCUGCCUUGGGCUCUCCGUGGUUCCACAUGAGCCUUCAGUGGCAAGUAAAUAGCAGUCGCAGACAGACAGAUCCAGAUUUUGGCUCUGUGUAAGAACUUUCUUAAAAUCCGAAUCCAGCAAAUCAGCAAGGUGCCUUGGGGGUUGGAGGAUCCCUGUCCUGCCAUGGCUCAUGUGGAGGCUCAGUGGCUGUUGGGCAGGGACCCUGAACAAAGGACGUGGGCUCACAGCUGACCUGAGGAUUCGACCAACCUGAAAUUCCAUGUUCCUCCCUCCCCUUUUCUAGCUCUUUUCCUUUCAAAAAUGAGUGAUUGUCCAGUGGUUGGUUCUCUCAUUAUCUCUCUCUUCUAAUCCACUCUGUCACGUCAUGGACAUCCUGGAAGCCCAAGAGUAUGAAAGCCACUUGAAAAGGGCCACAGCAUUGGGAUCAUACCUGGAGGAGAACCCACCAGGCUGAGAAGUUAGGAUUGAUGGUCCCAAUAAUAGAUACAUUUUUUCAUUCCCUGGCUAAUGGGGGUUUUUAUUAUCCACUACCCCCUUCCCCCAUAAAAAAAAACUUUCAUUUGAAGGGAAGAAGGCAUGCAUGCCUUCCAGUGUGGUACUGAUCCACGUUUUUCUCCUCUGGCGGUGGUUGAGUGUCACUGAACUUUGAAAUGGAGGCAUUGUUUAACUCCUCCAGAGGAAGGAGGACGUGACUUUCACUAAGUAAUAUUCAUGGUGAGACAAGUCAUGAGACUUUUGUUUCAAGGUUUAGUCCUCCCUCUAUGACUUUUCCAAUUCCGUAUCACUUCCAAGUCAAGCCUAAAUUUCAGUCAUUGUUGUGGCUUCCUUUAGGCACAAAAACCUCUGUUUUUUUUGCUUUUCUGGAACUAAGAGCCCAGCAAAAGACUUGUGAGGGUCAUUUUUCCAUUUCAUCAUUCAUAGAAGCUGUUAAACUGGAACACAAAAGAACAUGAGUGCUAUGUUAAUGUAAACAAGCAGCCACUCUAGUGAUAACUACAUUGAACACUCUUGUUUUCAUGCAGAUUCAUGGGGGGACAAGGGCCCAAGUACAUACAUUAGUGAGUGGAUUGAAGGUGAGAGCGCUCAGUUGUGGACUUCUUUCAAGAAGCAUCGUUAUUAUUUGCCUUGAAAACCACAUUUCAGUAUUUUAGCGUUGGUGAACCCCUCAGUCAUGCAUCUCUGAGGAUGGCACCACUAACCCAAAACCAAAGUUAAAGGAUCCCUUCUCUUCGUAGCAGUUUUCUCUCACAUCGAGCCCCACGUCCUAUGACAGUGAGUCUGGAGCAGGCAUCAGGACACUCCCAGAACUGCUCUUUGCCUCACUCCACUUCUUCAGUGGUUUGCAGAACACAGAAAGAAAGAGAGGUCUCUGCUGUCCAAGUCUGAGCCCUCAUAUCACUGAUUACUUCAGAUUAACCCAGGCUGCAAGGUAGGAAGCUAUCAGAAGAUCCCAAGAACAUCAUAGUUGCCUCCCCUGGAAGAGCCCGCAGCCUUCUCUGCCUCCCCACAGGCUCCCCCUCCCAUGGCUGUGUAUGUAGUACCUUCCAAGGAUAAAUUUUUAUUGAUGCUUUUUAAGUGCCUAAGCAAGUUACAGACCUCUGGAACCUGCCAGAGAGUUGUCCUAUGCCCUACCCUUCUUCCCUCCCACACUGCACUUAUCCCUCCACGGUGGGCAUAGGGUGGCCGCCUUCUCCAGUGUCCCUGGUGUUCUGCAGGAGAACAACUGCAAGGGCAAGCAGGAGAGAAACCGUCAUGCUACGUCAGGCUGGCUUUGUCACUGUUUUUCUGUGUUUCUUCUUUAGUGGUGUUUCUGUUGAUGUGCUUAUGGUCUUGGUUUAUAGAGUUUUUUCAGGAGUCUUCUAUUGCUUAGCUAAAUCUUACUGAGGGAAGAAGAUAGGUGAGCAAGACAGCCUCAGAGCAGAAUUCUGCCUGUUUUUGUCGGCAGCUGGAAAUGCAUGCAGACCCAAGAGGGCAAAGAGUCAGAUAAUCAUAAUUAAUAAAUGUGAUGACUCAUUCGUGAAUCCUGGCUGCCUUUUCUCAUCCUCUCUUCCUAGACUUGAGGGAUCAGGGUGUCUGUUCACAAGGGCUCAGAAAGGCUGUCGUUGGUAGGGUGCUAAGGUCGAAAGUGCACCUUUGAAAGUGAGUAUGAGAUAAUUUGCUUCUUUUUUAAAGUAACUGAAGUCUGAUCUAAAUAUGGGGCCUUUAUUCCACGUUGGGUGUGCGACAGAUUAUUUUGCAGCUGCACUCUGUUCAAAUCACGUAACUAAGCAGCACUCAGAUGAUUUAUUGAUACAUUAAAAGGUUUUGCAAAAUGGAACAAUCCAUAUCCAAGCACUUUAUUUUCAUUAAUAAUCCAGCAUUUUUGUUCAGACAAUGGAAUAAACCAAACACUGGGCAUUCUUCUCACUGAACAUGUAUGGGCAAAUUUGCAAGUGAAAUUCUUCUGACUUAGAGAAGGGAAGUUGCUGUUGAU